AUGGCAAUGACAAAUAACAAAACACUAUGUUUUACAUGUAAUAAAGAAAAAAUAACAUUUCCUUGUAAAGGAUGUUCAGAAGAAUUCUGUUUAAUACAUUUCACAGAACAUCAACACAUAUUGAGUGAAGAAUUAAACCGUAUUAUUGAUGAUUAUGAUCAAUUUAAACAAAAAAUUAAUGAACAAACACAAAAUCCACUAAAUCAUUUAUUAAUAAAAGAAAUUAAUCAAUGGGAAAGAGAUUCAAUUGAAAUAAUUCAACAAAAAGCACAGCAUUGUAGACAAAUUGUUAUUGAAUAUUUAUCAACAUUCUUUAAUAAUAUCGAAAUGAAAUUCAAUGAUUUAAAUGAACAAAUAAAACAAAUUCAUCAAGAAAAUGAAUUUAAUGAAAUUAAUUUAAGUUAUUUAACAAAUGAAUUAAUAGAAAUUACAGAAGAAUUAAAUAAUUCAUCAAAGAUUUAUAUUCAACAAGAUUCACAAUCAUUUAUUAAUGAUAUUUCAAUUAUUUUAUCAAAAAAAUCGAAAUUGAACAAAUGGAAACAAAAUGCAAUUAUUGUGGCUGGUGAAAAUGGAUAUGGGCAUGAAUUAAAUCAAUUCAAUGGCCCUUAUAGAAUCUUUAUUGAUGAAAACAAAAAUAUUUUCAUUGCUGAUCUUAAUAAUCAUCGUAUUGUUGAAUGGAAAUGUAAUGCAAAAGAAGGACAAAUCAUUGCAGGUGGAAAUAAAGAAGGAAAUCGAAUGGAUCAACUGAAUCGACCAACAGAUAUGAUUAUUGAUCCACAAACUCAUUCGAUCAUCAUUGCUGAUUAUGUGAACAGGCGAGUGAUUCAAUGGAUGACUCAAGAUCAACAAAUUCUCAUCAAGAAUAUUGACUGUUAUGGCUUGGCAAUGGAUAAAUAUGGAUUUCUUUAUGUUUCUGAUUAUAAGAAGAAUGGAGUGAGACGAUGGAAAAUGGGAGAAUAUGACAAUGAAGGAAUUGUGGUGGUAGGUGGAAAUGGAAUAGGAAACCAACUCAAUCAACUCAACUGUCCAGGCUUUAUCUUUGUUGAUGAAGAUCAAUCUGUUUAUGUAUCAGAUCAAAACAAUCAUCGUGUGAUGAAAUGGAGAAAAGAUUCAGAAGAAGGAAUAAUUGUGGCUGGAGGAAAUGGUCAAGGAGAAAAUCUCAACCAAUUGUCUUAUCCUCAAGGAGUCAUUGUUGAUGAUUUGGGUCGAAUCUAUAUGGCAGAUUGUUGGAAUGAUCGAAUAAUGCGUUGGUGUGAAGGAGAAGAAGAAGGUGAAAUUGUUGUUGGUGGAAAUAGAAGAGGAAAUCAAUUGAAUCGUCCCAUGGGUUUAUGUUUUGAUGAUGAAGAAAACCUUUAUGUUGUUGAUUAUUUGAAUCAUCGAAUUCAAAAAUUUGAAAUAAUUUUGUGA